AAACCCGUCCAUCUCUAGUAAACGAACAAACUAGAUUGCUGUUUGGGAUGAAUUCCACUUUGAGAGGGAGAGAGAAAAUGAAGCUAGCAUUUGCAACUUUCCUGCUUGUGGCUCUUGUCCUCAGCUCUUCAUUCUUUGAGACAACAAUGGCUGGUUCAAUUUUUUGUGACUCAAAGUGUGCAGUGAGAUGCUCAAAAUCCGGACGUCCCGACCGGUGCCUCAAGUACUGUGGGAUCUGCUGUGAGAAGUGCCAUUGUGUUCCUUCUGGGACGGUUGGAAACAAGGAUGAGUGCCCUUGCUAUAGGGAUAUGAAGAACUCCAAGGGCCAGCCCAAGUGCCCCUAAAAUGUUUUUUUGAGUUUUGUGUGUCAAUGCAUAUCUUCUUAUGUGGGUUUGAGUUAUGGGUCAUGAAGCUACUAGUCCAUUUGUGAUGGUAAUUCAUUUUGCUCUGUUUUUAAGAGUUAAAUGUGUCUCUAAAUAAGAUCAUGUCCAUUUUGUUAACUCUAUUUUUCUAUGCAUGACAUACACUUGCUAAUGCAUUACAUAUCAAUUAUUAGAUGGUUUGAUAAUUGAGGUGAUGCUUUGAUGAAUG